AUGGUGAAAAUGAAUCAUAGUGAUGAAGAAAAAAUAAAACAGUAUUUACAUAAGUAUCAAAAUCCAGCGAUCACACGGAGAGAAGUAAUAAAUGUUUUAAAAGAAUACAAAGGCUUACAGCCCGCAAGUGAACGUUUUGUUUUCAAUGAUGGAUCUUGCCAAGAUUUAUUUAAUCUUCAAGGAACAAUACCAGUAAAUUACAAGGGCAAUGUAUACAACAUUCCAAUAUGCAUAUGGUUAAUGGAUACUCAUCCGAAUAAUGCACCAAUGUGUUAUGUGAGACCAACAGCAGAAAUGACAAUUAAAGUCAGCAUGUAUGUGGAUCAUAAUGGGAAAAUUUACCUGCCUUAUUUACACGACUGGGUACCUCAUUCCUCUGACUUAUUGAGCUUGAUACAAAUUAUGAUUGUAACUUUCGGCGAAAACCCACCCGUUUUUGCUAAAAGAUACUCCAAUACUCAAACAUCAACACCUUAUCCUUCACAAAGUUUUAUGCCAGUUCCGGGAUCUACAUCUAGUUCAACAAGUGGUUCGUUUCCACCAUAUCCAACCAAUCCUCAAUACGCUGGGAGCAAUUCUGGAUAUACUCAAUAUCCACCAACAGGUGGAUCAGGAUUUGCUAAUUAUCCAGGAUUUCCUGCGAUGCCUGGAAUGCCAUCAUCAUCUUAUCCAACUCCGGGAUAUCCGAGUUCAUUUCCAACUCCAUAUCCACCUGCGACUCAACCUUCACCACCAGUAGGAGGAGCAAUGACUAGUGGUAACUCAGAUACAAUUACUGAAGAGCACAUAAGGGCAUCAUUGGUAUCUGCUGUUGGUGAUCAACUUCGUCGACGACUCUGCGAACAGUUCUCGCAACUCCAAGCCGAGCUUGAGACAUUACGCCGUACACAACAAGAAUUAAUGAGUGGAUCCUCACGACUUAAAGACAUAUUCAAUAAAUUACAAAAAGAAAAACAGGAGCUUGAUAAAAAUAUAAAUAUUCUUCAAGACAAAGAAAGUGAAUUGGAGAAAGAAAUUGAAAAACUAUCAGACAAUCAAUCAAUUGAUGUUGACGAGGCAGUUACAACUAUCGCACCUUUGUAUAAACAAAUGCUUAAUGCUUUUGCGGAAGAAGCUGCAAUGGAAGAUGCAAUCUACUAUCUUGGUGAAGGUCUUCGUCAAGGUUCUAUAGAUUUAGAUGUAUUUCUAAAACAUGUGCGACAACUAUCUCGAAGACAAUUCAUGCUUCGAGCGUUAAUGUUACGCUGCCGACAGAAGGCUGGUUUAGCUGGUUGA